AUGGCAGCGCAGGACCUCCCUGCACGGGACGCCACCGUGCGGGACAUCCCGGGGCGGGUCACUGCCACGCAGAUCCUGCCGGCUCUUCCAUGUGUUGUAGGGGAGUGGAGUCAUUGGAGUGGCUGUGCAGAACAAUGUCAACCUGACCUGCGGAUACGUAGGCGCUAUGUACAACAGGAACCUAAAAAUGGUGGGGAACCUUGUCCUGCUCUAGAGGAGAAGGCUGGCUGCCUGGAAUACCUGAAUUACCAGGGAGAGGACUGUGGCCAUGAACAUGUCCCUGCUUUCAUAACUACCUCUGAAUAUGGUAAAGAAAGAAAACGACGAGCAGCAUCUUCUCUCUGGCCUUCAGACAAAGAAGAAGCUGGAUACUGUGUGGAAUUUAAAACAGAAUCACUUUCACAUCACUGUGCUUUGGAGAAUCGGCCAUACGCUCGAUGGAUGCAGUACCUACGAGAAGGACACAUUGUGUGUGUAGCUUGCCAGCCUCCAGCCAUGAAUACUGACACGCAUCGUUGUUCUGGAGAUGGCCAUAAUGCAGAUAGAAGUAAAAUCUUACACUGGGAAGCAGUUGGCAACUCUCAGUGCCAAGGAACCUGGAAGAAGAUUCGGCAACUGAAGCACUGUUCAUGUCCCCUUGUGCAUAGCUUUAUUUUUACAUAAAAGUUUAAAAGACCUUUAAAACAGCAACAACAAAAAGAUUAAGAAAAUUAACACCAAUGCCAAGAAACCUGCAUGUUUCUGCUGCAUUUUCUGGAACCUAAAAAAAACUUUAAAGGAGUCAGAACUUUGGAAGAAACAUUUCGGGAAACUCUCCCUGCCUUAAUACAAAACACUAAGACUGAUCUUUGUAUUAGAACACUAGAAGCAUUUUUCCAUGUUUGUCUUCUGUCAUUAAAGAGCUGAUGUUUC